AUGGCCUUGGAUCCGGCGUGGAACCGCCACAGUCCGCCGGGGCGCCCCGCCUUCGGGCCGGAGACGCUGCAGACCAGCAACUACUCGCUGGUGCUACUGAUCCAGCUGAGCCUGCUCUCCUUCGACCUCUUCGUCAACUCCUUCAGCGAGCUGCUGAGGCACGAGCCGGCGGUCCAGCUGGUGCUUUUCAUAAUCCAGGACAUCAGCAUCCUGUUCAACCUGAUCAUCAUUCUGCUGAUGCUGUUCAACACCUACGUGUUCCAGAUCGGCCUGGUCGCCAUCCUGCUGGAGCGCUUCAGAGGCGCGCUGGUGCUCUCUGCUCUCUAUUUGACCUUCAGCAUCAUACUCCACUCCUGGCUUAUGAAUCUACGCUGGCUGAACACCAACAGAUUCAUUUGGACGGACGGCCUUCAGGUGCUGUUCGUGUUCCAGAGAGUCGCCUCUGUGCUGUACUACUACCUGUACAAGAGGACGUCAGAGUACCUGGGUGACCCCCGCCUCUACGAGGACUCGCCGUGGCUGCGGGAGCUGUUUGCUCGGGUCAGACAGUGACCCCACCGACAGAGGAAGGCAAUGAAAGGGCUCCACGUGGACAGCAGAGACGUCCCACGUGCAGGGGGACAGUGUCCAGGAGCAGUAUUCCAAUGCAUCUCAGACUGAUUCCAAAGAAAAUACCAAUGGCACUCUGGGGACACUCGUUUAAAAUAGGACAUUUAAUGUCAAAUAUGCAUUAUAAAUACAUUUGACGGGACACGUUGAACAGAA